AUGUCUUCCUCCUCCUCCGAUGCCAGACCCUGGGUAGAUGUCCACGGCGCCGCUCCAGCCUCCGUCGACAAUCGAAUCAAUUUUGAAUCAAUUUCUCCGAUUUCUCUUCCCCGCGCUCUAUAUCCGAAGUUCAAGCCUACUCAAGAACCUAUUGCGGAAAGGCUUGUAUACAGACAUAGACACAGAUAUAGUAAACAAGAGAUGGUAUAUCGAGCUAUCGAUGAGAAGAUUGAUUUGGUUAGGUUUUUGCAGGCGUAUGAGAGUGUAUUGGAUGCAUUUGGAGUGGAUGAGGCGGAGGAAAGGGGAAGGGAAGGAGGAGAGGAAAGAGAGGGGUUGGAACUGGCGGAGAGGAUUGUUUAUAGGUUGUUUUGGAACGAGAGGACUCGUGCGGAAAAUAUGGGAAGGGGAAGUGUACCUUUAGCUCGGGCUGUGGAGAAUCUGGACGCUGGUCUAAAUUCCCCAGAAUGUCUACGGAUCGCUGUAGAACCCGCCAUUGAUACCAUUGGAAAGAAGGAUCAGAUGAUAUUGACAGUUACGGAGGUGACAGAAGUGGCCGGAGAGACUGAUGUAUCAAUAGCAGUAAUUGCUACGGAUGAAGCUAUCGUGGAAGGUCCCUCUAUCUCUGCAGGACUGGACGUCAAUACCACUGGCACGAAGGAUCUUCUGACUUCCACAAUUGCAGAAGCGGUUGAAGUACCUGGUGAGACUAAUUUACUGAAUGUAUCGAUCGUACGAGGCACUACAGGUGAACUGGUAGAUGGAGACCCUUGUACUUCGUCAGAGCACGCAAUCGAUACCACUGGUAAGAUGGAUCCGAUAGUUCCAAAAACUUCAACAGUAUCAGAAAUAUCGAACGGUCCUCAUGCAGCAAUAGCAGGAACAACUAAGUAUCAAGUUGUGGAUCGAGCUCCUUAUGUUGCUGCAGAAUCUGCUAGCAAUAUCACCGCCAAGAAGGACCAGACAAUCUCGACGACUGCAAAAGUGGCAGAAUUACCGAUCCAUUCAGAUGUAUCGAGAGUAGGAAAUAUUCCGAGCCAAGUUGCGAACGGAGGAUCUUCUACUGUUGUAUCGAGAGAACGAGGAAUUCCAAGCCAUGUUGCGAACGGAGGCUCUUCUAAUGUUGUAUUCAUCAAGCCAGAUCUAGUUGCAACAAGAAAAGCUUUGUACGAAGAAAUGAUUCAAGGUCCCAGGAUUGUAUUACUGAAGCGAUGGGGUUGCGACAGGUAUGCUGAGUGGAUACAGGAACAUAGGAAUGCAGAAGAAGACCAUGACGAAGAUGCCAAAAGAGAAAACUUUCGUCUCGUGGAACUAAAGCACCAACUCUUACCGCUCAUAUCUGGAAAAUUGCCAUACACUUAUCGUAUAGUAUCAUCGACUCAAGAUCAUCGAGACUCUUACACUAGUACACCUUGGGGAAUGGAUGGCGUUCAAAUAACGGAAAAACUUUUAAAUGUCAGAUUGCAGUGGACAUGUGAAGCUGGAACUCACAACGAUAUCACCAUAGAGCCGAUGAGCCUUGAUGAGUUGGCGGCACACGAAACCGAUGGUCAUGAGAUACUUAUGAAUGCGUAUAACUUCUUGGGAUUCUGGGAUUGGUUUGUUGGGCAAAGCAUCUAUCUUUUUGAGGGAAAGGUUAGACCCAUGAACAUCAUUUGUGUGUAUUGGCUAGACCCCAACCACCCAUCUCGCAAAAUUUAUUGCACGCGAAAACCCAACUUCAAGCCAGCGCAAGCUUGUUGGCCUGGUGCAUGCAAUUGUGCUUCGGAGAAAGGUAGGAACGAAUGCUCGGGUAGUAAGAAACUUUGGAGCUGGAGAGAAAAAUGUACGGGGAGUGGAGGUGAAGGUGAAGGAGGUUGGACUGGAGGGAAAAAACGUACGGUUAGUGGAAAUAGUCUUACCGAGAAAAAGGGGGGUCAUUCGACCAAGGGACCUCGGAGAACGCCACAUCAUAGUGCGGUUUAUAUGAUGGAUGCUAUGGAUAACAUCAACCGAGGUGUACCGGUCGUAAAGAAGAAUAGACUUUAG